UGAGCAGCCACAGUGCCCUGCUCAGAAGCUGGGGGCUCCUCAGUCAAGCCGGUUCUAGGUUCUCACUCGGCAGCACGGGCAGGCGAGUGGCUCCUGGUUCCGGGAGCAGAACAGCAGUGCCCCAGCCCUGGUCCUCCAGCCCUGAGCCUCGCCUGCCCGCACGGCACCAGGAUGGCCACCAUCACCUGCACCCGCUUCACGGAAGAGUACCAGCUCUUCGAGGAAUUGGGAAAGGGAGCCUUCUCGGUGGUGCGCAGGUGUGUGAAGGUGCUGGCUGGCCAGGAGUAUGCUGCCAAGAUCAUCAACACCAAGAAACUCUCGGCCAGAGACCAUCAGAAGCUGGAGCGUGAAGCCCGCAUCUGCCGCCUGCUGAAGCACCCCAACAUCGUCCGGCUCCACGACAGCAUCUCCGAGGAGGGGCACCAUUACCUGAUCUUCGACCUGGUCACCGGCGGGGAGCUGUUUGAGGACAUCGUGGCCCGGGAGUAUUACAGCGAGGCUGAUGCCAGUCACUGUAUCCAGCAGAUCCUGGAGGCCGUGCUGCACUGCCACCAGAUGGGGGUGGUGCACCGGGACCUGAAGCCGGAGAACCUGCUGCUGGCCUCCAAGCUCAAGGGCGCUGCGGUGAAACUGGCAGACUUUGGCCUGGCCAUAGAGGUGGAGGGGGAGCAGCAGGCAUGGUUCGGGUUUGCCGGGACACCUGGAUACCUCUCUCCAGAAGUGCUGCGGAAGGACCCGUACGGGAAGCCCGUGGACCUGUGGGCCUGCGGAGUCAUCCUGUACAUCCUGCUCGUGGGCUAUCCCCCGUUCUGGGAUGAGGACCAGCACCGCUUGUACCAGCAGAUCAAAGCCGGCGCCUAUGAUUUCCCAUCACCAGAAUGGGACACCGUCACCCCAGAAGCCAAGGAUCUCAUCAAUAAGAUGUUGACCAUCAACCCGUCCAAACGAAUCACGGCCGCUGAGGCCCUCAAGCACCCCUGGAUCUCGCACCGGUCCACCGUGGCCUCCUGCAUGCACAGACAGGAGACCGUGGACUGCCUGAAGAAGUUCAACGCCAGGAGAAAACUGAAGGGAGCCAUCCUCACCACGAUGCUGGCCACCAGGAACUUCUCUGGAGGGAAGAGUGGAGGAAACAAGAAGAACGAUGGUGUGAAGAAAAGAAAGUCCAGUUCCAGCGUUCAGUUAAUGGAAUCUUCAGAGAGCACCAACACCACCAUUGAGGACGAAGACACCAAAGUGCGGAAACAGGAAAUUAUAAAAGUGACAGAGCAGCUGAUUGAAGCCAUAAGCAAUGGAGAUUUUGAGUCCUACACGAAGAUGUGUGACCCCGGGAUGACAGCCUUCGAACCCGAGGCCCUGGGGAACCUGGUCGAGGGCCUGGACUUCCAUCGAUUCUAUUUUGAAAACCUGUGGUCCCGGAACAGUAAGCCUGUGCACACCACCAUUUUGAACCCCCACAUCCAUCUGAUGGGCGACGAGUCAGCCUGCAUCGCCUACAUCCGUAUCACUCAGUACCUGGACGCCGGCGGCAUCCCGCGCACGGCCCAGUCGGAGGAGACCCGCGUCUGGCACCGCCGGGAUGGCAAAUGGCAGAUUGUCCACUUCCACAGAUCUGGGGCGCCCUCUGUCCUGCCCCAUUGAAGGGCCAGGCGGGGGCGCUGUACUGCAGAUAUCUGCUCCUCGUUCGUCUGUCCGUGGAAUGUCGCUGCUGGUUCUCCCACCUUGGAUUUUGCUGGAAUUCCCCCACUCACAUCAUCCCACCACCACCACCGUCACUUUCAUACCUGCAUCAAGAAAACCUACCCACAAAGCCAUCGCGUCUUCAGAGCAAACGGCCACAUCUCCCUGCCGCCUGUCCCCAGCCAGGGUGGAGCUUCCUCAGGCCCGGGUGCCUUGGGUGCUGGCCCUGAGGACACCCCAGCCCCUCCCCCCCCCCCCGCCCCCCCGGCUGCCAUUGGCCUGACUUACCUUGGCUGCAGAGUGCCCAGCUGUGUGUUCACCCAGGGGCUGGGGAGUCAGGAGAUCCCUGAUCUCUCCUCUUCCAGGAUUCCUCUGGGAAAGGCAGAUGAACCCGCCACCCCUGCCCACUCCUGCCCCAUGGGAGAGAGUGAGAGAGGAGCCGAUGCCAGGAGCCUCCGGCCUCAGACUGCCUCCCUAACUCGCCUCCCGUCCCGGCCUCCAGGCCCCCGCCUGACACUUACCCUCAGUGUGGGGAGCGCGAUCCUCUCAGGGUGCCCCCACUCUCUCCUUCUUCCUUCUCUGAUGUUUACCUCCAUCGCUCACCACUCAUUCCACCCUCCAUCGGCCCGGGGGAUUCCAGCUCCAUCAUAGCUGAGGGAGAAAACCUGAUUGCUUCUUGGGGGCAAAAGAAAGCAACAUCUAGGUUAUCACUUCUACUUGGACCGCAUGCCUUUUUAUAGCCAAACUCCCGUGUGUUUCAUAAAUGGAUCUCACGUUCACUGAUAUUUAUGUAAUAACUAGACCUCUCCAUUAUUGUAAGAGGGUUGGGUUGGGUUGGGAAGGGAGGUGGGAAGAGGACAGAGGGGUAGCUUUUUUCCUAUUCGUUUAUUUAUUUAUUUUUCAAUGUCACCUCUGAGAUGGACUUUGUCACCAGUGGUUCCCCAGGUUUUGGUCCCAAGGUUCUUUUCAAGAUGGAAUCAGAUGUCAGUGCUAAGACACGGUGAAUGGGGGCCGAGAGCCUGGGGGAGGUUUUCAGGAUGGAAAUAGCUGGACUUUUCUUUGCUUGCCUCCCAAACGGGAGUCCUCAUGACCACGAUUCCCAAGCUUUCAUCCCAGCUCAUCUGUGUGCCAUCCCCAGCGUCCUCACCCGUCUCUGGCGGAGGACCCUGAGCACGUGUCUUCAUCACCCACCCCCUCGGUGUCUGCUGGUCCACGCAGGGCACCGGAAUGUCUACUCUCCACGCCUCAUCCUGCAGCCGCGGGUUCGCAUCGCUCCCUCCUUUUUUCUUUUCCUUGCUCUUGCCCUCUUCCCUGGGACUGACUCUGAUGUGGAAGGCCUUGGCACACCCACUAGGAUCUACUGUCUGCACUAUUUUCUUUGCAUGACUUUAUAUGCAGUAAGUAUGUUGAAAAAAAAAACAGAAAAGAAGAAAAAAUCACAGCAAAACCAAUCUACAUGUUUUGGACAAAAAAAAAAAAAAUAGAGGUUGUAUUCUCAGUGUCCGACUCGGAAAUAUGUUGCUGCCUCUCUGUGCUUCUGGCCUCUGUGUGGCCGUGUUUUGCCAGCAUGAGAUAUUGUCCCCUCUGGAGGAUUUAGGGGAGGAAGAGCCGCAUCCCCAAGGCUUGGCGGAGGCACUGAUUCCCCCAAACCUCCCGGGAGUCCUGGGUGGUGGGUGGAGCAGGACUGAUGGGGAUAUUUGAUCCAGACCUUUCUGCAUUUUCCCCAAUGGUGGGCUCUUCUCUCAGUUGCUGACGCCCUGGGGACAGGUGAGGCAGGCAGGCUGGGGCCACAGGCCAGUCAAGAGGCUGCCCAGGCCUCCUGGUUUCCAAACUGGUCGAUCACUAGCCUCUAUUCUUGGUAGAGACCCUGCUGCCGAGGCCCAGGGGUGGGCACUGGCUUGCCCCAGGCCCAGAGGGUUUCCCAGUAAGGCCCGCUGAUCCCAGCAUCCCAGCAGCAAAGAGGCCUGCCUCCCUGUGAGCUGCCAGCUCCCACAGCCAUGCCCAAGCCAGAGGUGUGGCCUUCCCCGGGGGUGCUGCAGCCAACAAGGCCAAGUCUGGUCCCUUCCUCAGGCUUGGUUUCCCCAUCAGUGAUAGGAGUUAAGUAUUCCUGCCCGGCCUGUGUUGCAAGGGCUGAUGGGAGAAUCAAAUGGGGUAGCACAAUUGACGGGGUUAGGCACUGGCUGGACUCCCGUUUCGUUCUGAGCCUGGCCGGUCCCCUCCCCCGCCUGCCCGCUCAUUCUCCUCGUUCGUGCCUGUCAACUGGGGCAAGAGCUGUGGUUUGGGGGUCAUUGGGAUUCCAUGCCCAGCUCUGGCCAGACUUGCUGUGUGACCCCGGGCAAACCCUUUCCCCGUUCUGGUCCUCACUUUCCCAGCAGAGGAAACUGAGCUGGAGGACGCCCAGGUCCUGCCUCCCAUUUGCUGACACACUUCCUGCCCACCAUGUCCCUCUCCAAGUAUCAGGGAAGUGGAGGCAGGUCCCUACCCCAGGCUGAGAUGGCCCCAGUGUGAAGGCCUCGCCUGCGGGUGGGCGGGCAGCCAGCCGGUGUGGACUGCAAGGCACCGGCACUGGCACCCGUGUGAUCCUGAGGCAGCAGGCAGGGGAGACGGACGGACCACGCAGCCCAGAGCCCAUGCCCCUCCCUCCCCCAAACACAGUCAACUCUGUGCUCCUUCCAAACAUCCUAUAGAUGCAAAAAAUCCAGACCUAAGACAAGGCCUAGGUCCCAGCAUGCAAACACGUUUACAGGAAAGCAUUCUCCCGGGUUGGUGCCCACGUGGCGCUAACCCUGACCAUGGCCUCCCGUCACCCUUCACGGGAAGACCCUCUGGGGGGAUGUGUUUGCCAGGCUCCCCAUGCUGGUUUCUUUGUUACUAUUUGUUUGGGGUUUUGUUUCAGUUCUUUCUUUUUUCUUUUCUGUUUUUAAAAAAUAUGUGGCUGUGAACUUGAAUGACCACUGCUCAAACUUUCUGCUACUGGGGGGAGGGGGGAAAGGAGGGGCGUCUGUUUUAUUCUUGGUGUUUUCAGUGCAAUAAAUAGCUACAAACUUCUGUG